AUCACCCUCUGGUGUACACACACAAGCUCCCUCUCCCUCCCUCUCUCACUUUCUCUCUCACUCGCCCACUUACUCAGUAUCGUUUCAUCUGUCUCUCUCCCUCCCUCUCUCUCUCACACACUCAGUCGCCGUGCUCUGACGGAUGGGGAUACACUGCCAAGGCGGACUUAGGGGCGAGAAGAGAAGUGUUUCUUUUCUUCUCUGGUGUGUUUUCUUUCUCUUCCGCCUGGCUUCCCUCAUGAGCUGUUAAUUCUAGCCCCGGUCCCGAGGAUGAGGAGGAUCUAUUUGUGAGGAAGGCGCGACAAAGGAAGAGGAAACAAGGAGCAACAGGGUGGUAAAUUCUGCGAGCGGGAGUCAGCGAGAAGACCUUUUCUUUUUCUCCAGGCUCGAGCAAAGGAGUCCUGACUCCCAGCAGCAGCCAUGUGAGAGGAGCUGUCAACAAGCAGAGGAUGCCCACACCCAGCUAAAGCAGAGCAACCCCCCCUCCCUCCAUCCCUCCAUCCCUCCCUCCCUCCCUCCGAUUCUUUCCACAUGAGGACGAAAAGAUGACUAUCACCAGCCGGCAGUCCUUCAAUGUCCUGACGGUCAUCUUCCUCCUGCUGUCCACUGCAGCCCUCUCAGCUCAUUACCGAGUGUGUGAACCCUACUCCGACAACAAGGGGCGUUACCAUUUCGGCUUUCACUGCCCACGACUCACAGACACCAACAAGACCUACAUGUAUUGCUGCCACCACAACAACAACACCGGCUUCAAAUACUGCUGCAAUGAGACUGAGUUCCAAAUGGUCAUGCAGAUAAACCUCACCACCGACUCAGACGGUUAUGCACAUAAUAAUUACACAGCCCUGGUUGGUGUGUGGAUCUACGGCUUCUUCGUCAUGGUGCUGCUGGCGCUGGACUUUCUCUACUACUCAGCCAUAAACUACGAGCUGUGCCGGGUCUACCUGGAGAAAUGGGGUCUUGGAGGACGCUGGCUGAAGAAGGCUCGGAGUCAGUGGCAAAGGUCCAUGCCAGACGAGAGCGAAGCCCAGGCUCAAGCCCAGCCCAUGGUCCCCAGCCACUACCAACCCAGACACAGCCUCAGAGGGGAGAGCCACAGCCCCACACUCCUGCCCUACAACACAUCCACUGCAUGAAUGAAGCUGCGAGUGGACAAACUGAAGAGUAGCAACACCUUGUUUCCUUAUGUGGUACAGAGGAGAUGCCCCACAGAUGCCCCCUUUCUGCACCACAGACACAAACACCAGUGGUGGGCUAGCCAUACUGUAGUAGUUAGUAGUGACUACUGCCCCUUUUCAAUGAGCACAAAACACCCAUGGACUGACAGAAGCAGGCUGAUAUGGCAUUUAGAAACCUAACUGAACAAAGGCUGCCAGGAGACAGAGAGGGCCGCACUGCUGCUACCACAGCAGAGGAGCGACACAUUCAACUGCUCACAGGUGUUCAGUGAUCCCCUGAAGCGGCUGCCAAGGCCUGGAGUAUCCCAAACAGAUCUGAGCUGAACUGGAUAAACUGUACUCGCAAGCGAGGAGGCUUGCCUGUUUUUAAAAAAGAAGCUCAUCUUUCUAGAUAUAAAAUGUUUAUUACACUGCUGUGUCAGUUUGUGUUCAGUAGCAGUUAGACACAGUUGUGGGUUAUCUAUUUGGUGAUUUAUUUAUGUGAACUAGUCAGAGAAAUAUAUGAGUGGUUAACAUUCGGAACAUGUAACAGCUUAGGUCGAUGCUGAGCAUCUCACGUAGACUAGAAUGUUUUUGUUUCUUACUGAAAGCAGACACAAAAUGUCUCUGCAGCCAUGUUAAAAAAAACAGUAUCUUGUAUGAUAUGUUUUAGGUCUCCUUUCUGCAAAACAAGGGAUUUCUCUAUAUUGUAACGUGUCCAAGAAGGACACAACGCCAUACAGAUAAACUGCUGUAGAUCUAAAGGUUUUACAUUAGGUCAUCAAGAUUUCUCUUUUGGUUUAGUGAUGCUGAGAAAAGGGAUCUUGACUCUCAAUAAGUUAUUCACCCUAAACAUCAAUGAGGAUCAGGGAUGCCUUCACAAUAGCAAAGAGCUUCAUGCUAAGUUAAACAUAACCUUAAUCCUUGGCUGUGAGCCUACAAACCCAUUUGAGACCAUUACUUAUAAAGUUAGUGCGAGACAGUUGCCUCGGUAACCUCAUCCAUCGACUUGUUUGCCCUUCCUCGUUACCGGAGCUGCCUGAAAAACAGCUCCAUUAGCAAUAUGAUGCAAAUGAAUUUCCAUUUGGUUCCUUUAUAAGGAGCCCUCUAUAUCCCACAUUGGUAAUAGACAAUUGUAAGCGAUUAGCCAUAAUAGAAAAUGUAAAAAACCCAUUAAAACCCCUUUCACUGUCAGCAAUAAUGUACAGUAGCUUAAUCAGAAGGAUGACAUGGUAUGUAAAAGUCAGAGGCGCCAGCCAAAUGAGCACUGGGAGGGUAGUCAUUGAGGUGUAUCGCAAAGCUUUCAGGUCGGUUUACAUUUAAUAAGAAGGUGAAGUCGAUGAAAUGGAUUUAGAGUAUUUCUGGAUAAUAAACUCGUAUUGAAAAAUGUCUCCAACAAUUUCUGGGUCAGCUUUUUUAAGAGGGAAAAGUCAAAACAAUUAUCACUCUUUAAAGAAAAAUUUUAGAGCUACAACUAAUGAAUACUGUCAUUAUCAGACAGUUAUUUUCUCAAUUAGUCAAUGAAUCAUUUGGUCUUUAAAUGUCAGAAAACAGAAAAAAUUGCCUGUUAUUUGUCAGGGAUUGAAAUUGCUUGUUUGAUUUAACUAACAGUCCAAAAGCCAAGGAUUUUUGGUUGUAUUACAUAUAUAUAUAUAUAUAUAUAUAUAUAUAUAUAU